GGCUAAUCGUAUCAUAUUACACAUGCCCUUGAAAUGAUUUAACAGCAGGAGGAGGGCAACACAAGGGAGCUGGGGUUGAACCCCACCUGACGCUAACUCCAUUAACAACCCCCCUCCUCACCCUACCCCACCACAUCAUGUUCCCACGUUGACUAAUGAAAUGAAGAGCACAUCUGGUCCAUUCUGCUCCAGUGGGAAACGCUCGCGCUGAAGUCGCUCGGCUCCGCUACAAGCUGCAGUUUACUUCCAAAAAUCGCACUCCCACAACUGACGCCCACAAAACUCCUCACGAUAAAACGGCAUAUAUUUGGAGAGCUCAUUUCUACUGCGCCGCUGCCGACGCCUGGACUGAAUACUUCUAAAAUUAAGCCAGCCCCGCGCUGUAACCAGUGCAUGUUCCCAACCUCUGUCUUUCUCCUACCUGCUUCGGAGGUUUUUUUAGGGAAUCCUAAACUGGCAAGAUUUUGUGAUCCACAUGAUUCCAGUGUGAUCAUGAACAAAAGCGGCGGAGAGUCGGCUCCGUUAUCGGCGAUCGGUGACUCGCACACAACAGACAAUUGGAUCUGGCAAGCAAUACGUUUCGCGGAGCCCACCGCGGCGAAGAAGAGCGCAGAAUUGAGAGAACUGAUACAAGCCGUUUCUACUCAAAGACGGCUUGAUGAAUCUAGCAAUGUAUUCAUAAUACACUGCUAGGCCAGUUUCACUGCAUCCAUUAUGAAUCACACUUCACAUUUGAUGGACACAGCCAAAACGGGUGGAAAUUUUCUUUCAAGCCUUGGCCCCUCCCCAGACAGAAUGCGCUCUCCGGACAGUAUUACCACUGCUAGCCCAAAAGGUGGAACCCCAAAUUCCAGCCCACCUCUCCUUAUGUCCCCUGGGUUGUGCAGUGCUGAUGGAGGAGAUUGGGAAAGCAGAGAGGAGCUGCGCUUCCGUGAGCUGGAGGAGGCACGUGCUCGGGCUGCUCAGAUGGAAAAAACAAUGCGUUGGUGGUCUGACUGUACAGCCAAUUGGAGGGAGAAGUGGAGCAAAGUGCGUGCAGAGCGGAACAAGGCCCGGGACGAAGUGAGGCAACUGCGACAGAGGCUGGACACUCUGACCAAAGAGCUAACUGCUGUGCGCCGUGAACGACAGGAACUGUCCAAUGAGAACGAGCAGCUGAGACAGGAAGUUGGCCGUCUCCGGUCGGAUAGAAACACUCUAGGAAAUGUCCAGUCUUCCCCCACCAUGGACAACAAGCUGGCUGCUGAGAGGGAACGAGAGAAUGAGGCCUUGGUAUCUCCAGAUCAAGAACCUGUCAGGGACCUGGGUUCAGAGAAGCCUGACAAGAACAAGGAGAUGGAGCUGUUGGAGUGUAUAUUGCGUUCAAAAGUGACUGAGGGUCCAGAAACCUGGGAUGGGCGCAGUUCUGGUAGCCUUCGCUCUGCACUUAAUCGUCAGGACCGCAACCGGCUACACUGGGAUGAUGUGACAAUCAUUGAGGAGGAUACCAGCAAAGUGACUGCCCUCCAGCUGCGCCUGGAUGAAUCACAGAAAGUUCUUUUGAAGGAACGAGAAGAUAAACUGAGUUUGAGCAAGAACAUCGAAAAGCUGGAAGCAGAUCUCAGCCAGUGGAAACUCAAGUAUGAGGAGCUGAACAAGUCUAAGCAAGAAGCAAUCAAGCAGCUAAAUUUGCUGAAAGAGGUCCACCAAGAUGAACUUGGGCGCAUCUCUGAAGAUCUUGAAGAUGAGCUUGGUGCCCGCUCCAGCAUGGACAAGAAGUUGGCAGAGCUGCGUAGUGAGAUGGAGCGACUGCAGGCAGAAAAUGCUGCAGAGUGGGGCAGACGAGAGCGUCUGGAGACAGAGAAAUUGGCACUGGAACGUGACAAUAAGAAGCUGCGUGCACAGAUUGAGGAUCUGGAGGAGCAGCUGACCCGUAAGCGCAGGCAGGCAGCCAGCGCUCUUGACACUGACCUCAAGUCCAUACAAAGUGAACUCUUUGAAAGGAACAAGGAGCUGGCAGACAUGCGCCACAUCCACUCGAAGGUCAAGAAACAAUACCAAGAAAAAAUGGCUGAGCUGGCUCAUGCCAAUAGGCGAGUUGAACAACAUGAGAGUGAAGUUAAGAAACUGCGACUACGAGUUGAGGAGCUGAAAAAGGAAUUGGCACAGGCUGAAGAUGAGCUGGAUGAGGCUCAUAACCAAACAAGAAAGCUCCAGAGGUCACUGGAUGAACAGACAGAGCAGUCAGAAAAUUUGCAGGUGCAGCUUGAACACUUGCAGUCCAGGUUACGUCGGCAGCAGAACCCCUCACUUUUUGGCAAGAUGCGCAGCUCACGCUUUGGAACAGAAGAUCCCAGCGAACCAAGCAGUGAUCUGGAUGAGGAGGAAGGCGAAUUACAGAUUCAGAUUCCCUAGCAGGAGCAAGAAUGCUCAUCAACUUUUUUUAGCCACAAGAUCACUAUAAUAACAUCCUUGAAUUACAUGCCCCCUGAGUGCUGGGUAGAAUGGCCUCAUUUUUCUGUAAUACAGAUCUGCACAUCUCCUAAUGCACUGCCCUUCAUUAGUCCUAAUGUUGACACCACUGAGUGUUUCAGCAUGUUUGUUUUUGUUUCUACCUGAGUAGAGCCUAAUAGAUGUUUUAUGGAAAUCCUCUACAGCAGGUAGCACUACAAUUGUAGAAGCAUAUAUUUAGUUCAAAUUUGGUUUUAUACAGACAUUUUAUGUUGUGUCAUCACAUCACAUGUUUUUAACAUAAGCAGUGUUAAGAAUGACUAAACCUGUCUGUGAAGGGCAAAGGCAGUUUGACAGCACCAGUGUUGGCUAUAUGGUCUACCCCUGAAUCAGCAAGAUCUGAUGAACUGUGUACAAGUUAUCUGUACAGGUUUUACUUUCUUUUUCUUUUGACAUCAUCAAAGAUGAUCCCACAAAUGAAAAGAAUCCCAAACACAUGGCAAAUGGAGUCUCCAGCACUCAGUCUAGGACUUUGGGUACAUGCCGAAUUCAUUGGGACUACAUGACACACUGUAAACAUGACAUUCAGUGUUUUACUUGCAAUUUUUAUGAUCAUAUGUUGUAUUUAUAAAGAGCAUUGUAGAGGAACUGUCA